AGGUUCUGGGUUUUCUCAAACGGCCGAGAAGCUUUGGAAUGUAGGCAGUGGUUAUGAUCGAUUCGAUAGACGAGAAGAAAUAGUGUGUAUUUUUCGUUGGGGGUUUCCUAGAAAAAUUUUUAAUAGUUAAUUGUGAUGAAACCCAGAUCUGGCAAGCCUGAGAAAACCCAGAUCUCUCCUCUCCCUUCUGUUCUAGUAAACGGAUAUAUUCUGCUUUUCUCGUCCACUGCUCCACAACCACCUCCGGCACGAGUUCUACAACUAGGAACCCUCGCUCUUCUUCCUCCACCUCUAAUACUUCCGGCCGCGAAGCCAUCCGUGCCAUCCGCCUCAAGAAGGGACGGCAGACUGCGCAGCGGUUUGCUGUUGUUGUUCCUGCACAGUGAUGGAGCUACUGGUGUUGGGGUUCUGCAAGGUACCUACGGGGCUGUGCAAGAAGGCGUGGAAGAAGAGGAAACGUCGACAAAUCCUGAAGAUGAAGAAGCAAGGGGUGAUGGAGGAGGAAAUAGGAAGGAGCUGGACGCGAAGGCAAAACAGGUGGCGACGAAGAGCCAACUUGGCAUUUCGGAGGUGGUGGCAGGGGGUGAUGGGGGGAGGAAACCUAGAUCUGGGUUUGAGAGAGAACCCAAAUCUGGGUUUGUAGAGUUAAGGGAAAAGGCAAGGUAAAGGAGAAAGAGUGAAAGAGGAAGACAAGAUGAUGUGGAUGAAAAAAUAUAUAUCUCAUUAAUUU